CGUCUAAAAAACUUGAAUUCGUCCUCAACAGUCUUUGAAAAUUCUCCGGGGUAUAGACUUGACUCUUAGGAACCUUGCCAAGUCUUCUAGCUUUUUUCAAAGUCCCAGAAGUGUACAUUUAUCUUGUUCAAACAUGGUCUGGCCUACAGUACACGAUAAUGAUGAAUCGAGUAUCCUGGAGCCCAUGGAUAUCCCUGCAGCGCAGAGGAUGGCUGCUAAGGCGAGCACUACGUUAGACUACGUGAGCAACCUCGAUAUCUAUAGCAAGGCCAACAGGAUGCGUCUCUCUGGUAUUGUGUGCACUAUCGGCCCUGUGAGCAGGUCCCCGGAGGUUCUUCUUGAACUCAUUGAGAACGGGAUGAAUGUCGCCAGAAUGAACUUCUCUCACGGAUCUCACGAAUACCACGGUGGCACUAUCGCUAACUGCAGAACUGCUGCCGCUAUGUACAAGGAGAAGCAUGGUGUUGAUCCUUCCCUGGCUAUUGCCCUCGACACCAAGGGACCUGAAAUUAGGACUGGACUCUUAGAAGGGGAUGACGGUAGGAAAGAGGUUGAGCUGAAAGCAGGAGCAACUAUCAAGAUUACAACUAAUGAUGAGUUCAAGGAGAAGUGUUCUGCUGAUAUACUCUGGUUGGAUUAUAAGAAUAUCACCAAGGUAUUGACCCCUGGUAAGAGGAUCUAUAUUGAUGAUGGUCUGAUCUCCGUCCAGUGCAAGGAGAUCGGUGACGAUCAUGUGAUCGGUUUGGUUGAGAACGGAGGAAACCUGGGUAGCAGGAAGGGUUGCAAUCUUCCAGGAACUGAUACUGAUCUCCCAGCUGUAUCAGAGAAGGAUAAAUCUGAUCUUCUCUUUGGAGUUGAACAGGGUGUUGAUAUGGUAUUUGCAUCAUUUAUCCGUGAUGCUGCUGGUGUAGCUGAGGUUAAAGCUGUGCUAGGUGAAAAGGGUAAAAAUAUCUGGAUUAUCCCUAAAAUAGAAAACCAGCAAGGAGUUAAGAACCUAGACGAGAUCAUUGCUUGCUCUAAUGGACUCAUGGUUGCCAGAGGAGACAUGGGUAUUGAGAUUCCUACUGAGAAGGUCUUCAUUGCUCAGAAAGCUAUGAUAGCCAAAUGUAACAGAGCUGGAGUUCCAGUUAUCUGCGCUACCCAGAUGCUUGAAUCUAUGGUAAAGAAGCCUAGACCAACUAGGGCUGAGGCUAGUGAUGUUGCCAACGCUAUUCUUGAUGGAUCUGACUGUGUUAUGCUGUCUGGGGAGACAGCUAAGGGAGACUUCCCGUCAAUCUGUGUGCAGACCAUGGCUAAGAUUGCCAGGGAGGCCGAGGCUUGUUUGUGGAAUGAGAGGUUCUUUGAGGAUCUCAUGAGAGCGGAGUAUCAAGAGAGUACUGUUGAAGGAUAUGAUAGUACUCACGCUAUUGCUAUCAGCUCUGUUCUAGCCAGCUACAAGUGCAGGGCGAGUGCGAUUGUUGUACUGACUACGUCUGGAAAGACUGGUCACGUGAUAUCCAAGUACAAACCUCUCUGCCCAAUCCUUGCAGUUACACGUCACGACCAGGUUGCCAGGCAGAUGCAGCUGUUCCGUGGGUUGACCCCUCUCCUUUAUACCCAGGACAGGGACCAGGACUGGAUGAAGGAUAUUGAUGCCAGGGCACAGUUUGCCAUUGACUUCGGCAAGAAGAACAGGUUUAUUGCCCCCGGAGACAAUAUUGUUAUGAUAACUGGAUGGAAACAGGGAUCAGGAUCCUCAAACACAAUGAGAAUCAUAACUGUAAAAUACCAGGGGAUGUAAUCCCGAAAAGUUGAGUAAGCAUUGAUGUGAAGCAGUGGCGAUAUAUCCUUCCUCUUGUUAAAAGUUUUAAUUUUAUUAAGCCUGGAUCAAUUUUACCAAAUCCUGGUCUUUUAAGCCUGGAUCACCAGAUCCUGGUUUGGCUUCAAAAUUUUAUUUCUUGUAGAAACAAUGUAUGUAUAUGUAUUCGCCAAAAUAAAGAUUUUAUCAAUUAA